GACGCGAGAGACUCUUAGGUUAGCGCCUAUCAAAUAUCAAGUCAAAGCCUGAAUUUUGCAGGAUACUCAUGUGGUAGAAUAAUGAUUGUGCACCAGUAGAUCAUGCCCCUGUCUAUUCCACUCCUGAGGAGGAGGUGCAGAGGACCUCUGAAUGAAGUCAAAUAUGUUGACUUGGCUAAUCGUGGUCUUGCGAAGAUAGAGAAUCUCAAUGUGCUUCCCAAGCUAGAGACAUUGAUUCUCAAAGGCAAUGAUAUCAGUCUGGUUCAGAAUCUUAUGGUAUGUCAUCACCUAUGGCAUCUGCAUCUUGGAAACAAUCAGGUCACCAAUCUUGAUGGGCUGAGUAAGUUUGUGGCUCUCGGCACUCUCAAUCUGAGUCUCAAUAACUUAUCAUGGAGUGACCUGAGACAUAUCAGACACAUGUACAUCCUGGAACUUAGUCUCCAUGGUAACCCAAAACUGGAUAGAGAUCCCUACUAUCGUCUCCAUGUGAUUGAUUGUCUACCUAAUGUGUGGAUGUUGGAUGGAAGACUUAUAACAUCUGCUGAGAGGAUUCAAGUUGAGCAUUUCUUUCAGGAUACCUCUGUCUCAGAUCACCCAGUGAGACACAAGCUUCCCAAGGAGCAAUUCGUGCCCACCUCUCAAAAGAAGAUCCAAGUCCAUGGAAUCUACGGUCAUAAGACAACGCAUUUCAUGAUGAAGUUUCCAACAAAUGGUGACCUCAAUGUUGGCACAGAUCUUAGACGGCUGGCUUAUAUGGCUUACAAUAUACAAGAAGACAUCUUAACAGAGUGCCAGCAAACGCAAAGCAGAAAUCCAGGUUUGACAUGCAAGAAUUUUGUGGAGCAGCUCCUGGAGAUCCGCUCAGCAGACAGGGAGAAGUGUAACAUCCUUCUCAUAUUGCUUGUAGCUUCUUUAGAGUUUACUAUCCCACAUUCACUGCUGCAGGAUGCCCUGACUGUCACCAACCUUAGAGACAUUAUAGAUGACUUUGAUAGUCUAGAUCUGUUACUGAUGACACAGAAUCAUCAAUGCCGGGUUCUUUCUCUCUUACUCAGUGCUGUCAAGGUGGACAGAGAUGACCAUCAGGAUGGAGGACUGUAUGAGAAGCUGUAUCUGUGUCUGUAUUACACUGUAGCUGAAAUCAUUAAACAUCAUGAUGUUGGAAGCAAGAAGAGCGAGGGGUCUGUUGAUAGAACGAACCCCAUAUAUCGUGAGUAUCGGUCCUUGCUUGCUGCUGAAGUAGUCCAGCUUUUGUGUAUCGUGCCUUCAUUCUACAUCUACCUGACCAAAGAUCCGUCCAUCUCUCAGCUGGUAACCCAGGCAACGGGGAAGGCAUCCACCAUGGAUGGAGUUGAAGCUCUUAUGGAAAGAAUACGAAAUACAGGGGGUCAGGGAGGAAGUCAUCGGAUCAUAGAAGAGGUUUCAGAGUACCUUAUGGACAGUAUCCAGAGAAAUACCAAGAAAGUCAUGCACAAGAAGAUUUCCUCCAAGAGCACUUCCAAAUUUGUAUUGGAGACUACUAGAGCCUUACCAAAGAGACCGCAGUCAUCUCCUGUCUUUGCAAGUCAGUUCCUGGCUGUAGGCCAACCCAGCCCUGUUGGGAAGCCAUAUUCUAGGCCUACCAGCAGUCGUCCCUCCCUCAAGCUGACUCAUCGCCCUACCACAGCAUCCUCUGUUCGCUCCUCAGCCACCAAGAUACCAUCAGCGACGGCCCUGAAGCCCCGUGCGGCAUCCGCUAGGGUGUGUCGUUACCCCAAGCAACAGGAAGAGUGGAGACCGGCUAAGCCUCCUAGGCUAGGGGAUAAGGUGCUCUUAGGACCACAGAGCCUGGCCUAUAUCAUUGCCUUGCCUGAGUAUGAUGUAGCAUUGCUUCAGAUGGAGGCUAUUCCAGAUCUAUCCAAAACAUGGAAAGCACCUAAUGGGUCGGUCGUAAGCUUCAGUAGAAACACGGACGAGCACUAUGCUUAUAUGAAUAUGGUUCAUAUGGAGUGGGACUCUCGAUACAAGUACUGGAAACCUAGAGGUACAGUUGGUGACAGGAUUACCCUUCAGAGUGUUGAGAGCAUGUCUGAGAUCAAACCGCCACCAUCAAGUCCUACCUCUAGCAUCAGUCCUAGAUCAUUAGAUGGCACUGGCACAGAGUGUACUCCUCACCCUUCACCCAGAGAAUUAAAUGAGAGUCUGCCCAUACCAAUCUCUCUGAGAUUCAGGGAGAAACUCCAGCUGAGCCCGGAGAAAAUCAUCCCCAUAGUAGAAGAGAGAGAGGCUGAAGAACCUCACGAGAGAGCAUCAAGUGUUCAAGAAGAAACCAGUCAAGAAAUAGAGGAUGAUAUAAUCAACAGAAGAGAAAUAGAAGCUGUGGAGCAACAUGCUGGUGAUCAUGAGGUUGGGAGAAGAAAGGAAGAUGCUUUGAUGGAACAACAUGAAUCACACUCUGACAAGAAACAGGUUGAACAAGAAACAACAUUGACCGAGAUACUGAGUGCUAGGAUGACAGAAGACAAGAAGAUAAGUCACCAUGACGACCAGCAUCCUCAUCACAGCCUGGAUGACUCUCUCUAUAACUGCUUACGCUGUGCCAUGGAAACCAUACAGAUAAACACUGAUGUGUCUGCUCCUUCAACUGCACGGGACGAAAGAAGUCAAACAGAAAGAGAGAGAAAUGGAUCUAUGGUUAGCCAAGUAGCAGAAGCUAAUACAGCAUCUACAGAAGAUCUGGAUAUAUCAGAUGCUCUCCAUAGAGCUCCAAGCAGACCAAACACAGCCAAGAGUGCGCCUGAUUCAUACAGAUCACAAGCUGAAGUGAAUGUAUUGGAUCUCAAGGUAUGGCCUGAUCCAGGCGAUUAUACAGAAUACCAGAGGGAAAGGACGAAGGUUUGGGGAAACUCCCUUAAGAGACCAAAUUCUUCUUCAGUUCGCACUAAAGAGCGCUCCACACCACGUGCCUCCUCUGCUAAGAGUAGAUCCGGCACACCAACCCAACCAGUUCUCAUUCAAAUGGGUAACCACUGGAUGGCAGGGGGGCGUGACAUCGCCACAUGGGAGCGCAUUUCCAAUCGGAUGAAGACGUUCCAUGCUCCAGGGUGGAUGGAGGGUUCUCCAGCAUCUAGGAGACCCAAAUCAGUUGGACCAUACAAAUACAAACCGAGAGGUGCGUUGAUGCAACGUCGAUCCAAGUCUGCUGUCGGACCACGAGAGAAACCCCAUUACUAUCAAGACUCAUCUCACCCACCUCCAUCCCCUGCAUCCACUGACUUUACCCACGCUGAGAUAGAACAUGAUCCUGAUCCUAGCUACCUCCAUCAAGCUCAUCAACAUAAUUUCCCAUCAUCAUCAUCAUCUCGUCCAACGUCAGGGGUACGCAGGCCUACAACGCCCCCAUUUGGAGGGCCUAAAAAACCACCUUCACCGCUUCAUAUGACUAUCAAGUUUUUGUAAUUUGUGUAGUGUAAGAUCUUGAAACACGGAUCUUAAUUUACAGUUUACUUUGUAUUAACCAACGCAUAGAUGGUCAUUGUAUCCACUGCCCUGGGGAUGUUUCACAAAGACUAAGGUUGACUUUAAGUUGGACUUAACUAUGGCAGGCAGUUCAUGCCACUGUUUGCU